AUGGAAUCAAUUUGCCUCCCAAACACAAAGAUUAUAUGGUAUGUCCUACCAAAAUACGAAUCAGUGUUCGUCAGUGGCGGAACUGGCUUCAUUGCCCAACAUCUCAUCAAAUUACUUCUUUCUAAGGGAUGCAAAGUUGUCGCUUCAGUUAGAUCAAAAGAAAAAGGUGAAAAACUAGCCAAUAAUUUUGGAUCGAACAAAUUUUCUUUCGAGAUUGUAGAUGCAAUUGAGAAAGAGGGAUCCUUUGAUGAGGCAUUAAAAAAGCAUCCAGAAGUAACUGCUUUCUUCCAUACUGCUUCACCGGUAAUUUUCGCAACCGAUGAUGUCUUGAAUGAUUUGAUGUUACCUGCUGUAGAUGGCACUAAAUAUCCCCUUAUUUCCUUAAAGAAAUAUGCGUAUCAGGUUAGAAAGUUAAUUGUUACCUCUUUGCGUGCUGCAAUUGCGAGCCAUGAACAAUAUUCCAAUCCCAACUAUAUCAUCGAUGAGAAAUUCUACAACAAUAUUUCAUGGGAUGAUUCAUUAGUCAACGGGUUAAAUGGCUACUAUGGUUCUAAAACUUACGCAGAAAGGGCAGUCUGGGAUUUUAAAAGAAACGAAUACCCGAAUUUCCUGGUUACUAUGGUUAUGCCAACUUUCACUAUUGGUACCCGAGCAUUUGAUUCAGAAGUUUCACCUACCUUAAACGUUACUGCUGAAUAUAUUUACCAAUUAUUGAGUUUGAAACCAACAGAUAAAAUUCCUGAUAGUAACGACAGUAUGAUCGAUGUGAGAGACAUUGCAAAGGCGCACAUGGCUGCAUUGGAAAUUGAAGGCCGAGGGUGA